GGCGGUGUGAGGGCCUGGCCGGGCUCGGAGCCGCCCGGGUGCGGACGGGCUGGCGGCGGCGUCGCCGUCGGUGCUGGCCCGGCCUGUCCCGGUCCUGCCCGGCCUGUCCCGGUCCUGCCCGGCCCGGGCCGCCGCCGCGGGGCCUCGGCGCGGCGGGCCCGGCGCUGCCCGGCCCUGCGCGGCCUCCCCGCCCCGGCCCCAUCCGCAGAUAUAAAUACCCAGCAAAGGAUUAAGCCAAGUAGGACGCGGUGAGGCUCUCGGAGGAGGACGCAGGAGGCCGCGGCGAGAGGCUGCGCUGCCCGACCUGGGUCCCCCCGCAGCCCCGGCCCAGGUGAGUCCCUGCAUCCUUUCGGGAUGAAGCUGAAGAAGCAGGUGACAGUGUGUGGAGCUGCCAUCUUCUGCGUGGCCGUCUUCUCCCUCUACUUGAUGCUGGACCGGGUACAGCAUGACCCCACACGACACCAGAGUGGGGGCAACUUCCCCAGGAGCCAGAUCUCGGUGCUGCAGAACCGGAUCGAGCAGCUGGAGCAGCUGCUGGAGGAGAACCAUGAGAUCAUCAGCCACAUUAAGGACUCAGUGCUGGAGCUGACAGCCCAUGCAGAGGGGCAGCCGGCAUUGCCCCAACACCCCCUGAAUGGCUCCUGGGUGCUCCCCCCUGAGAGUCGCCCAAGUUUCCUCUCUGUGUCCCCGCAAGACUGCCAGUUUGCUCUAGGGGGCAAAGGACAGAGCCCAGACCUGCAGAUGCUGGCUGUGUACUCCCUGCUGCCGUUUGACAACCAGGAUGGUGGUGUCUGGAAGCAGGGCUUUGACAUCACCUACGAGCCCAACGAAUGGGACACAGAGCCUCUACAGGUGUUUGUGGUGCCACACUCCCACAAUGACCCAGGCUGGAUCAAGACUUUCGACAAGUACUACUACGACCAGACGCAGCACAUCCUCAACAGCAUGGUGCUGAAGAUGCAGGAGGACCCACGCCGGCGCUUCAUCUGGUCUGAGAUUUCCUUUUUUUCCAAGUGGUGGGACAACAUCAGUGCCCAGAAGCAGGCUGCUGUGCGCAGGCUGGUGGGCAAUGGGCAGCUGGAGAUGGUGACGGGCGGCUGGGUGAUGCCUGAUGAGGCUAAUUCCCACUACUUCGCCAUGAUUGACCAGCUGAUUGAGGGGCACCAGUGGCUGGAGAAGAACAUUGGUGUGACGCCGCGGUCAGGCUGGGCUGUAGACCCCUUCGGGUACAGCUCCACCAUGCCCUACCUGCUGAAGCGCUCCAACCUGACGGCCAUGCUCAUCCAGCGCGUGCACUAUGCCAUCAAGAAGCACUUUGCUGCCACCCAGAACCUGGAGUUCAUGUGGAGACAGGCGUGGGAUCCAGACGCGAGCACUGACAUCUUCUGCCACAUGAUGCCCUUCUACAGCUAUGAUGUGCCUCACACCUGUGGCCCAGACCCCAAGAUCUGCUGCCAGUUUGACUUCAAGCGCUUGCCUGGAGGCCGGAUCAACUGCCCCUGGAAGGUGCCUCCCCGCGCCAUCACUGAUGCAAACGUGGCAGAGCGAGCCCAGCUGCUGCUGGACCAGUACCGCAAGAAGUCCAAGCUGUACCGCAGCAAGGUGCUGCUGGUGCCCCUGGGAGAUGACUUCCGCUAUGACAAGCCACAGGAGUGGGAUGCCCAGUUCCUCAACUACCAGCGCAUCUUUGACUUUCUCAACUCUCGGCCUGACCUCCAUGUGCAGGCACAGUUUGGCACGCUCUCUGAUUACUUUGAUGCCCUGUACAAGAAAGUGGGCAUUGUGCCGGGGAUGAGGCCACCCGGGUUCCCAGUUCUGACUGGGGAUUUCUUCUCCUAUGCGGACCGGGAGGAUCACUACUGGACAGGAUACUUCACCUCCCGGCCAUUCUACAAGAGCCUGGACCGGGUGCUGGAGGCCCACCUCCGGGGGGCAGAGAUCCUGUACAGCCUGGCACUCGCCCACGCCCGCCAUGCCGGUGCAGAUGGCAGGUACCCGCUCUCUGACUACGCCUUGCUGAGCAACGCCCGCCGCAACCUGGGCCUCUUCCAGCACCACGAUGCCAUCGCUGGCACCGCCAAGGAGGCUGUGGCCGUGGACUAUGGAGUCCGGCUGCUCCACUCCCUCACCAACCUCAAGCGCGUCAUCAUCAAUGCUGCGCACUACCUUGUGCUGGGGGACAAGGACACCUACCACCACGACCCGGCUGCACCGUUCCUUGGCAUGGAUGAGACACGCUCCAGCCAGGACUCUCUCCCAGAGAGGACAGUGGUCAAACUGGGCACCUCACCUCGGUUCCUGGUGGUGUUCAACCCGCUGGAGCAGGAGCGCUUGAGCGUGGUGCCAGUACUGGUGGACUCCCCUCACGUGCGAGUGCUCUCCGAGGAGGGGCAGCCCCUGCCCUCCCAGCUCAGUGCAGUGUGGAACUCUGCCACUGAUGUGGUGCCCAAUGUCUACCAGGUGUCUGUCCUGGCCCGCCUGCCUGCACUGGGGCUGCGCGUGCUGCAGCUGCACAAGUCCUCGGAUGGCCACGCCACGCCAAGGUCCUCCACGCGCCUCUACCUGCAUGGCCGGGACAUGGCCGUGCACAAGCCCGAGGCUGUGCCCCUGCACGUCUUCCCAGCUGCUGCUGCUGACUUCUGCCUGGAGAACCAGCACCUGCAGGCCUGCUUUGUGGGGCGCACGGGCCUGCUGCAGAGCCUGCGCCCAGCUGGGGAGGAGCAGGCGCACAGGGUGAGCAGCGAAUUUCUCGUCUAUGGCACCAGGACCUCCAAGGACAAAAGUGGGGCCUAUCUCUUCCUGCCUGAUGGCGAGGCCAAGCCCUACGCUCCCAAGGACCCCCCAGUGGUGCGGGUGAUGGAGGGACCGCUCUUCUCAGAAGUUGCCAGCUACUACCAGCAUGUCCAGACCGUGGUGCGGCUGUACAACGUGCCAGGGGUGGAGGGCCUGUCCCUGGAUGUGUCCUGCCUGGUGGACAUCCGUGACCACAUCAACAAGGAGCUGGCCCUGCGCUUUAGCACUGACAUUGAGAGUGAUGACACCUUCUUCACUGACCUCAAUGGUUUCCAGAUCCAGCCCCGCAGGUACCAGCAGAAGCUGCCACUGCAGGCCAACUUCUACCCGAUGCCUGCCAUGGCCUACAUCCAGGACAUGCAGAGCCGCCUGACACUGCUCACAGCCCAGGCCUUAGGGGUCACCAGCCUCCACAGCGGCCAGCUGGAGGUGAUCCUGGACCGGCGCCUCAUGCAGGAUGACAACCGGGGCCUGGGCCAGGGGCUGAAGGACAACAAGCGUACCUGCAACCGGUUCCGGCUCCUCCUGGAGCGCCGCAGCACUGCCAACAAGAGCUCCGGCUUCUUUUCCAAACUGAUCUCCAUGUUUAAAGCCUUGAGCUUCCCUGGCACCAGGACUGGCAGCCCUGAGGUGCAGGACGAGCGCCCCAUCAGCUUCCCCUCCCUGCUGAGCCACAUCACCUCCGUGCACCAGAAUGCCGAGGCCUUGGUCAUGCCAGUGGCAUUGGAGAAGCCAGCGCUGCCAGCCCUGCGCUCCUUUGUGCCCCUUGCCACCACCCUUCCUUGCGACUUCCACAUCCUCAACCUGCGAAUGCUGCAGGCAGAGGACGAAUCACUGCCCUCAGCUGAGGCAGCGCUGAUCCUGCACCGCAAAGGCUUUGACUGCAGCCUGGAGGCCAAGAACCUGGGCUUCAACUGCACCACCAGCCAGGGCAAGCUAGCUCUGGGAGGCCUGUUCCAGGGCUUGGAGCUGGGCUCCCUGCAGCCCACCUCAUUGACACUGAUGUACCCGCUGGGCACAGCCUCCAACAGCACCAACAUCCAUCUGGACCCCAUGGAAAUUGCUACGUUCCGCAUCCGCCUGGGGUAGUGUCAAGCAGGAGAGGAGUGGAGUGGCUGGACAGCACAGGAGCAGCACCAGUGCAGCAGUGGAGUGGGGCCAGCAGUACUGUGACGGGCACGGGCAGGAGGGGCCAGACUGGCACAGGCUGCUGCUGCCACUUCCUAAUUUAUUAGUUCCAUGUUCUCAGAUGGAUUUUGGACUGACUGCUGUGGCAGGGCUGGACCAGGCGUUGCUGGAUGUGGCGCCGGAUGGGCCGAGCGUGGCUGGGGCGGGCUGCAGGCUGGGCUCUGCUGCUGCUGGUGGGACAGACACUGCUGCCCUGUCACAGGCAGGCUGUCCAGGAGGGCAGACACUCUGAUGGCUGGGGCAGGGGCCCCUGCAGGGCUGCCCCUGCAUGGUGGGGCAGCAAGGGGAGGCCAGGAGCACCGGUGGUGUUGGGCAGCUGCCUGAGGAAGUGCUGUGGACUGGGGACUGACCUCUCCUGGAGCUCAUAGGAAACACAAGGCUGUUUCCAAGG